CAACAGCCCAUUGCCCCUCUCGAAUUUCAUGGGCCACUCGUAUAAAUCAAACUGAUACACUCUCUCCAGAAACCAGGAGAGGGUCCUGGAACUGUUAACAAUGGCUGGGAUUGCUUCCUCUUGCUUAACUCUCUCUUCCACAAGCAAGUUCAGGACAUCUUGGUUGGAUUUUGGGACUCAUCCUGCGAGAAACAUCCCAGGGAAAACAAAUUCUUGGAGAAAGCUUGGAAUUAGAGCUGAAGUGAGCUAUGUAAAUUCAGAAGAAGCAAAGAAACUUGUAGAAACUGAAGGAUAUGUUGUAGUGGAUGUGAGGGACAGAACUCAAUAUGAACGAGCUCAUAUAAAAUCAUGUCAUCAUGUCCCUCUUUUUAUUGAAAACAAAGACAAUGACUUGGGCACCAUCAUAAAAAGGACAGUGCAUAACAAUUUCUCGGGUUUGUUCUUUGGAUUGCCAUUUACCAAGCCAAAUCCUGAAUUUGUGGAAGCUGUGAAGAGCCAGUUUUCACCUGAAAGUAAACUGUUACUUGUAUGCCAAGAAGGGUUAAGGUCUACAGCAGCAGCCAACAAAUUAGAGCAAGCUGGUUUCCAAAACAUAGCAUGCAUAACGUCAGGCCUUCAAUCCGUGAAACCAGGAACAUUUGAUUCUGAAGGCUCAACAGAGUUGCAAAACGCUGGCAAAGCUGGUUUGAUAACUAUUCAAGGGAAGAUCUCAGCUGUACUUGGAACUGUGCUUAUCUGUGCAUAUCUAUUCAUCACUUUCUUCCCUGACCAAGCAGAGAAGCUGUUUCAACUGGCCCCAGCUAGUUAAACCUCACAUUUGUGCAUUUUGUAGAAUGAUUGAUGAAACACAGGUGCUCAAACACUACCAAUGUAAGAUCCAAAAUGGGAAGGGGAGAGAUGAUGUUUGUGGGUAUCUGUAAGCAAUCAUGCAGGCUUUGCCCAUCAUUUGAAUACAUAAAAUUUAUUUAUGCA